UGGCGACGAAGAACUGCCAGUGCACUAGAAAACAAUAGAAAUAGCAAAGAAGAGCAGAGUUUGUUUGUUUGAUGUUGCGUUUUCUUUUCCGUUGCUUACUAAGCGGGGGCACUGGAUCGGUUGUUAUUGUUCGCAGCGCGAGUAACUUUUAAAAUACAUACCAGUUAAACUGAUUUCAUUAUGCUUUGUUAUAAGGCUAGUUAGCUAGCGGCUAGCUACAUCCGUAGCUUUGCACAGUAGCUAGCUAUUACCUAUCUAGCUAGCUAACUAUCUAGGUUUAAUACACAAGAUCAGCUGUUAGCGAGCUAGCUAUUUUCAAAAGUUGUAAAAGUAACGACUCUUUUGUUUUAGUCCGGCCGAUUAUAAUAUUCGGGAGUUUUGCUUAUCGGCUUUUACGUAGUCACAGUUUGUGCCUCAAAAAUGUUCAUCGUCUCAAACUUUGAUUGAGUGAGUACAAGUCUAUUCGUAAGUAAGUCGCUAGCUGGUUAGCCCGCAAGCUAGUUUGGUUUUUACAAGCCUAUCUUCCAAAAAACUUAGAAGUGGAAACCAUUUUUGUUUGUUUCUUACAAGCUACAUAGCUGCCUAGCUGGGUUCCUUAUGUUUAUAACCCAGUAAACGCGUGGGAAAUACCACUCGAACCAUAGUCAGGUGGUUAAAUGUAUUAAAAAACGAAGUUUCAUACUUCUUGGCUGGCAAACCGAUUACACUUGAGGAGAAUGCUCGUGGCGGUUAGCUUGCGAUUUCCUUGAGUGAAAGUUUUAACGUACAAGUCCUGUUGUACGAACGUAAGUUUUUGAAGUCACAGUUUCAAGCUUUUAUGUGAAGUUACGCAGCAGCUUGCUUGCUAGCCACAUUACACACGGUUAUAUUUGUCGUCUUAAAUGAAGCAUAUUUAUUGUUGCUGAACGGUUGCUUAACUUUUACAUUCAUGAUGCCCUAGUUGUUAGCUAGUUCGGUUUGCCUCGGGGCCUUAGCGCUUGAUUAAUUUCUUUCCAAGUAGCUACCUAGCUAACUAAUUAUCGUAACCAGCUGAACUGGCGAAUUUGGUAGAUAAGUUCGUUUCUUGUUCUCUUGCAUUAGAGUUUCUGCUGUUAACAUUCGUGGUUUAUCGACAAAAACCCAACUUUGAUUUCCGAUUUUUUUUUCUGCAUGGACAGCUGUGAUUUACAUAGCUGGUUAGCUAAAUAAUAUAUAGAGGUGCAUGCAAAUAAACUGUCCAAUAUUUAACGAAGGGUUGCUAAACUAGCUAGAGAUGUUAGGGUUCUUUUGUUGUGAUGGGGCAUCAGUAGGCAAAUAUUGACAAAAAUGGAGGCAGUCGAGUGUGUUUUGUAGAGGCAAGGGGUAUAGUCGCCCACACACCGAAGAAGCAGCAGAAUCAGCAUUAUAAGUUGCUCGUAUCCGGAGCAGCGAAAUCCGAGCUCUGCUGACUUUAAAAAACACGCUCCUUAUUAACGAUGGCGGAUUUUGUCGUGCCGCGGCAUAGUGCGGUGAUGGAGCGCCUUCGCCGACGUAUAGAGUUGUUCAGGCGGCAUCACAACAGCUGCGAGAAGCGCUACGAUAACACGACAAUGGAGCGGCUGGAGUUGGAAAGACAGCAGACCUUUGCACUGCACCAACGCUGCCUGCAAACCAAGGCCAAACGCUCGAAUAAGCACAGGCAACCGCAGUCGGCAACGGACCAGGCGGCACAGAGAGUGUCGGGAACCGGGGCCAGUAGCGCGGACCUUGCGGACAGUGGAGCGCCUGGAGAGCAAAGCAGGAACAGCACUUUGAUUGCGUUACAGGAGACGGUGAAGAGGAAACUGGAGAAUGCAGGUUCUCCCCUCGGUCGCGAGCAGGUGAACGGCUUCGGCGAUGCCUACCCCCCGUCCAAGAAGUCCUGCUUGGAGGAAUCGCUGGGCGGCAUGAACGGGGCGUCGAAUGGGGCUGUGCCGCCACUCUCACCCUUGGAGAGCAAGCACGGAGUGACGGCCGAUGCACGGGUGCUGAACGGCUCUCGCGCACCCGAGGCCAAUGGGGCGGGUCGCCCAGAUGUACGCGGCGCCGAGCCCGAUCUGCGCCUGAAGCAGGAAAUGAAACAGGAGCCCAUGGACGACAUCCUGCCGACAGGCGGCGGCAAUGGCAACAUCAUCCUUCCGGAUCUGAACCUGAACGAGCAGGAGUGGACCGAGCUCAUGGAGGAGUUCAACCGCUCUGUGCCGUACGAAGAGAUUCAGGAGCUCUUCAACGAUGGCUUUGACGAUCGAAAGGACAGUGAGGGUACGCCCAGCGGCACGGCCGCAGUGGCAGCCACGGGCUUGCUCCCACCAGACCUCGUGAAGGCUGAGUUCUCGCCGGUGGCGGCGGCCUCGUUCGAGCAGGACUCUCGCACGGGCUCACCGCAGGUGCCGUCCGGAGCGGCCGGCCCACAGCUGCACGCCGGCUCGCCCGCAGCAGCGCCUUCCGCCGCCUCCUCACCGGCGCUGCCUGUGCCCCAGGCCGUCCAGACAUCCCGGCAGGGUCAAGUUCCCCAGGCUGGCCAGACUCCUCGGCCCCUCCAGAGCCACCUGCUGCCCGGGCCGCCCAAGGACCUGUCGCCAGCGCAGCAGCUGCAGCAGCUGGCCGCGCGGGAGCAGCAGAGGACGCAGCGCAUGCAGAGCCAGCAGAAGCAGCAGAAACAACAACAACAACAGCAGCAGCAGCAGCAGCAACCACCACCCAAGUUCCACCAGCAGCCUAGCCACCCCUCAGCCUGGCCUCAAAGUGCCCCCGCCCAGAGCCCACUGGGCGGCGCCUUCGCCCUGGAGAAGCCUGCCAGUCCUUCCCUCUACCCCCAGGACUUCCAGAACCCCAAGUCACUACUCAUGGCUGGCCAGCAGCCCAGCAAAGGCUCUCCCAAAGCGGGCGCACCAGGCGGCUUCAUGCAACCCGGUGGGCACCCUAUGCUCGCCCACCCGACAGCGCCCUCAGGUGCCCUUGGCCACCCACCAGGUGCAGGUGGCCAGUCCGCCAUGUUGGACUACAGCAACACUAAACCCCUGAGCCACUUUGAAGCCGGAGCUCCGGGUCAACCCAGAGGGCCUGCAGCACCGGCGCCUCAGAACAAAGCAGCCCUCCUCACCAUCCUUCGACAGCAGCAGAUGAAACAGAGGCCGACUGCCAUGCCCUUCAGACCCCCGGCACACAUGGCACACGCGCAGCAGGAGCCGGGGACCUACCCAUCAGCCCCCCACGUCCCUGGCAACGGCAAUGCCAUGGCAACGCAGCCAGGAGCCGGCGGCGGCAGCAUGGGGGCUAGCCACAGUAAUGCGGCAUACCUGAGUGGCCUGCAGAAGCAGCAGCAGAUGCAGAUGAUGAGUUCACAGCAGAAACAGUUCAUCCUGAACCAACACAGGCAGAUGAUGGCUGAGCAGGAGAAACAACGACAGCAGCAGGAGCAGCAGCUGCAGAGGCACCUGACCCGCCCACCGCCCCAGUACCAGGACCAGCAGAACCCAUCUGCUCCGCAGAACCCAUUCCAGCCCCAGCCGCAGGUCUCCCAGUUCUCAGGUUCAUCACAGCCAAUCGGCGGGGUGAACUCCCUUGGUGGCCCUUCCCCUGCCGCUCAGCGCAUGUUCACGCAAACGCAAGGCAUGAUGGGCCUGAGCCAGGGCGGCGGGCCUGCCACCGGUGCCCAGUCUGCUGCCAGUCAAGCUGACAUGAGCCUGCCAUCCUGCGCGGGCGGGCUAGAUGUGCAACAGGUCCUCUACGGCAACAUGCCCAUGCAUCCGUCCCACCCCAACCAGCAGAGGAUGCCCAUGUCUGCUUCCUACAGGCAGAAUGUGCUAGCACAGCAGGCUCACCUGAAGAGCCAACCCAAUGCUGCCCUGCUCAAACAGCAGCAGCAGUUGGCACGCCUGCCAAACAGCAUGCCCAAUUCCCUGGUUAACAUAAGUGCUGCCAUGCCCAGCUCCAUGACUGGAAGUAUCCAGGGAGCCAUGCCACCCCAGGCCCAAUCCUGGCAGCAGCAGCAGCCGCCACACCCGGGGCUCCAGCAGGGCAUGGGUGGCCAGCCAAACCCCAGCAACGGCUUCCCUGGCUCCAGCUUCCACAUGCAAGCGCGGAUGCCCAAGCUGCCCGGCAGCGGCCCGUUCGCCCAGGCAGGCAUGGGGAAUGGAGCGGCCGCCCGCGCCAUGCCGUCCAUGAACCCUGGGCAGAUGAUGUCCAGCAUGGCCCAGCAAAGAACCAGCAACGCGGGCAUGGGCCAGCAACUUCCCCCGCCCAACCAGCAGCAGGCCCCACAAGGGCAGCCGCCGCCGCAGCCACAGCAGGUUCUGCCCGACCUGGGGCCGUUUGGGCAGCCACAGGGUGGUCAGGUCCCCAACCGUACUGCAAGCAUGCAGUGCAACCAGGCCUACCAGGUCAACCGGCCACCCAGCCAGCAACUACCAUUUGGAUACAGUACCCAACCGGCUGGCAGCAUGUCCGGCUUUCCUGGGGAGACUGACCUAGUGGACUCGCUGCUGAAGAACCAGACGACGCAGGAAUGGAUGGACGACCUGGAUGAGUUGCUAGCCAGUCAUCAGUGAUUGGCACUCAGGCUGGCCCAUCACAGUUGUGCCAUGGGACAGGGACCCCGCCGAUGAAAGUUGACUGGAUAUUUUCGGAGUGCAGGAUGAAAUUACUGGUCAGAACUGCUGUUUUUUGUGUUGUGUAUGUAUACAUGAUGUAUAUAAUACAAGAAAAUGUGGGGCACAGGACCAAAAGCCUGUGUGUAUUGGGUAUUCCAAGGGCUGGAAUGAAAAAUGUGUAGAGAUGUAGAGAAACAUUCUACUACUGAACCUGUGGCUCAGUACUAAAACCACUGAAUCAUACCCAAAUGUGAUGGGUGACACACAACAUACACACUGACACAAACACUGCUUUUUUUGCCUUCUUGCUGUUGAACUUCAGCUAGACUACCUACAUUUCCCAAAUGGGUGCUUCAUUGCUUUUGUGUCCUUGAAUGCUACUCUGUGGAGGGCCAGCAUGAAAGAGGUCUGAAUAUUCCGGGUGACAUGGUGGAAAUGAACUUGGACUAUAUUUGAUGUCAGACUGUUAAAUUGAGGAGAGUCUCCUCUACCUUUACACAUAGUCCAACAAGCCUUAGUCCAGUACACAUGGCCUUGAGCAUAUGAUAUCAUUCUUGUACACGUUUGUGACUGGUUUAACGAUGAUGGUGGAAAAGGAGAGGGGGGUAAGCAAGAUUACCCCUCCCCUUAUAUGAAGUGCUUUGCCUUGGCUUUCGGAGAGCCAAGUCUGCGAUUCAUCGCUGGUUCUAAUGGUUCAUCGCUGGCCAGACUGUUCUGUGGAUCACCGUCACUCAAAAGCCCUGAGUGGAGCAAACCGGGAGGGGUGAGCGCUCUGAGGAGGCGAGGCCGAAGGCUUUUCGCAUUACACUACAACACUAAUGUCAAAACGCAUGUGAACUCCCUCAGCACGUCUCUGUUAUGUUAAAUUAAUACAUUACCUUCUGCCCUGAAAUCUAGUCUGGUCUCCCUCCAAUGGGGGUAUUCAAGAAGUAGAGACUGUUACCGCUUUCUAUCAAUUUCCCCUAGCACAAGCUUCCCUUCAUGUGUUUGUUGAUCAAAAGACCCAGCCUGAGAAGUGAGCGUGUAUGCGUGUUUGGGUUUCAGCUGAAAUGUGGCUUCUCUGUAUUUAGGAGUGAGUUCAGAUCAGUAUCUGACAGGGCUUCUUGUUUAUUUAUAUCUAUUUUUUGUAUGCUUUUCCUAAUGUUCUGGAGAAGACAGAUGUUAUUUUUAUAUGUACAUUGUUGCGAAUUUUUGUAAGUAUUUUAUACUUUUUAUUAUUGUUCUCUGCAAAACAAGAGUAUUAUGUAAAUAUAGUUCUCUAGAAACAG